ACCUGUUGACGGCGUUCACCAGUUUUGAGUCGACGCCCACUCGACGCCAGAGCGGGUAUCUGAACGACUGCGAGCUGUCGAUGCUUAAGUUGGCCUCCAAACACCCGGUGCUGUUCCUAAGGCAGCUACCAAUGAUACCGGCGCUCCUGAAGGGCAAAGUCAGUUCCGUGGCGUACGAUGUGUUCAAAAGUCGCAACUAUUUGUCGACAUUUAAGAAAAUACUGAAUAUUAUGAGACUUUUGAAGCCUCACCUCUGGAACAAAGACGUGAAGGGCUUGAAUGAGUUGUUGCUGUCGUAUAUACAGCUGUUUACCGAUUAUUAUCGGUGCGCCGGUAGAGAACUGUUGCCCGUGUUAUCGCAGUUUCUGUACCUAAUCGAUGAUUGGAUCAAAUUUGACUGCGAAUCAGCCAAAGCGUGGAUUAAAGCCAACAGAAAGACUAUUGUUGAUCUCUCGUCGGUAUACCCGGAGCAACAGCUGUUCAAAUCGCUGCUGUCUGGCCUACCCUUCCAAUCGCAGUCACAUCACGAGAAACACUACUCGGAAAACCUUUUGCUAAGACUUCGUGAGGGCCGCAGACAUGACGAGCGCAUGGAUGGCAUACUCAAUGAAAUCGACAAACUGUCCGACUCUAAGCCCGAUGUGUUGGAGUACUUUGCGGAUGAUUUAAGACAAUUAUACUUCAAUGCCUUCACGCGGGAAAUGGCGUUUAAACUGACCAUUAAGCUCCUGAACCACAACCCGAGUCUAGCCGACCGAUUUGUGCCCACGUAUUGCCAGUGUCUACAGCGGAACGACUCAUAUUUGGCGAACUUAGCGCUCGACUAUUUGCCAGAAUUUGUAAUUCUAGCUCAA